UCCUGGUACUUUUCACCGUUGUCAAGGCAGCUAAAGGGAGAAAGGCUGGCUCGCGGAAAGUAGCUGCAGUGUCCUGACAGAAUAUCUGUCCAAACGUUAAACAAACUGUCCCGGAAAGUUAGGUGUAACUACCAGGCCUUUACUCUACCUGGGUAAAAUCAAAGAUGUGGCAGGCGUUUAUCCUGGAGAGCAACUGACCCCCAACGUCACAGAGGAUGCUGCUGAGAUGCCUGAGGUUGUUAAUGAUAUCAAGUCCAGGACUACGUUGGACUAAGAACAGAGGGAUGCAUGAAGACCUGCCUGUGAAUCCAUGGUGAAAAACCAAGACAGAAAGACCAAGAAGCCAACAUGCCAUCCAGUAACGAGAGGGGAGGGGCUGGGAGCCCACGCUCUCAGCGCUAUCGGCCGGCCGCAGAGUUUGAUGACGCCACCCUGGCCCAGAAGAGAGAGUACUGGAGGACCAAGAAGCGAGAGCAGAGAGCCAAGCUAUCGGAGAGGAGAGGGAAACCAAAGGUGUCUAAUAGAGAGGUCAGCAAUGCGUUGAAUUCCAAUGCGUCCCGCACCAUAGCAGUCGCUGGACCCCCCUUGUUGAACAGUGAUGGCUCCUACCAGACAGAGGUAGCCAAUGCAUCUGGCAUUCCGUUCCGGGGAAAGGGGGAGGCAGAGCAUACGGACACGGCAUGUCAAAACCAAAAGGAGAGGUGGUUUCAGAGGAUAAAACUAAACAAAGUGUUGCCUCAGUUCCCAGCAUCAAACCCGGGCCCGAACAACCAACCGCAAGGAGCUGCUGUCAACAGACCCGUCAUGUCAGCCAAAUCCAAUGGAGCUCUCCUCAACCAUGCCUCCUCAGUGCCUCAGGUCAGAGUCACCACCCUCCCCUCUGUCUCUGCACCUCGCCAGCUGCAGGGUGGAACCAGAACCCUCAACGGCAGCUCUCCUGGGGGCUCAACCCAGCCGAACCUGGCAACCUGGGAUGCAUCAGGGCCAAAUGUGUUGAACAAGACUCCAGCUACAGUGCACAUUCAGCCCAGACUGUUUAAGGCCAACAUUACAACAGGAACGAACAUGGGAACCUCUCAUUUUGCCUCCGUCCUCAUGAACAGACCAGUGGAACGGGGGGCAAACGCAACACAGCUGGCUGGCAAAAAGACUAUCUUGGGUGCAGCCUUCAGGGACAAAGGCAUGAGUGAGAAGACGGAGGAGGAGAGAGCCGCCAAGCGGAGAGAGCAGUGGCGUAUCAAGAAGAGAGAGCAGAGGGCCAAGCAGGCAGCUAAAGUAGCCACGGCCAGGGAGAAGACACCGAACGUGGCGCCGCAAAAAGCAAGACAGUUCGUGAAGGUGGUUCUCGAGCGUCCCUCGACGGUUUUGAACAGAGAAGGCCAAUGGCAGUGUUUUGGUAGAGCCAGGACUCCCCUUACGACAGCUGGACGCUUGCUGAAAAAUGCCAAAGCGGUGGCUGCGUCCAACGCUGUGCCCCGACAUGCUAAUGUCGCGAUUAAAAAAGAGGCUAGUGAUUUACCCUCGGGCUUGGCUAAGAUAACCACAACAACCAACAACGUGAACCGACAGUCAGUUCAAGUGAAAGUAGAAAAUCCGUCGGAAGUGCAGACAACCGCGCACACAGCCGCCACCGCUACUACCGGCCACAAUAGAGCAGGUGGAGAUCCCAGCAGGAGACUUGGUGGGCACGUGACGUUCUCCCACGUCAACCGAGGGAUGGUCCGCUCUCGGACGCCGAGACAGAGGUUCAUCGAAAUCCAAAGGACUUUUCUUGGUCAGAGGAACAUAAGGGCGAGGUCCCCGUGCCUCUCCACAGCCUUCAUCCCCAGCAGGCCUCCCAGGGAGGACCCGUUUGAGACCCCCGAGCAGAAGGCGGCCAGGAGACGGGAAUACUGGCGCGUCAAAAAGCGCGAGCAGAGAGCUAAGCUGACGGUGGAGGUGAAAGCCAAGAUGAAGGAGAAAGACGCGCUCAUGAGGAGAGUGAAACGCUACCAGAGCAUCCUGCAGGACAUGAGGAAGGCUCGAGCCGCCGGCUGCUACUCUCUGUCGCAGCCAAUAGGAAGCAGCCACGCCAGCGCCUCGGAGACGAUCGGAGGGUUCAUCAAAGAGGAUGGCACCGUGACGAUUCCACACAUGACUCUUAAAACAUCGGAGAAACCCGAGGGAGGGGAAAGCCAGAAUGCUUUAAGAAAUGUGGCGUUGGGAAGUCAGAUGCGGGCCCACCCACCGCCCCCUCCGCUCCGCCCUGCUCAGGUGAAAGUCUCCUGUCCUCCCCUCGGCCUGUCGGUCACCAAGCCUCCCAGGCUUCUCUCCAUCAGACCGAGGACGGACCUCCAAACCCCCCCGAAGAACCCCGCCGGCUCGCACACCUUCGUCGUUCAACCGACCACUCAGAUCACGCUCAGCCACCCACAAAAUGUCCUGAACGCUUUCCCCACCGUGUCUUUGAUGGGGGCAAAGCCGGCUAGCUGCGUCAUGCAGAUGGCAGUUACAAGCUCCAGACCGAUAGCAGCGCCGCCUAAUCCGGGGCCAGAGCUGAGUGAGGAGGAGAGGAUGGCAAAGAAGCGAGAGUACUGGAGGGUGAAGAAACGAGAGCAGCGGGCCGCUCGCGCCGCCAGGCUCAAGCAGGGGCUGGGACACGGGAGGGCUAGUAUAACGCUGCAGAGGAGACGCAACCAAAGGCCCAAGCCUGUGAGACGUACUGCGGUGACCAACACCAAAUUAAAUAUCCAGUCUCCUGCCAAUGCCAGUUCAUCUACCCCCACAAAGAAAACGGCGAUAAAGCAAGAAAUAAUCUCAGCAAAUGAUCCAAUUCUGAAAUCCGAGCAAACUGCUUCUGUAGAUGUCAAACCUCCGCCUUCAUCUCUUCUGCCAACUCAGGAGGCUCAGCCAGAGUCUGACCCAGCCUUAAGUGCCGACAGCCAAGCUACAACCCUCCUAGCUGUGGCAUCCAUGAAGAAGCUCCUGGAAGAAUCCCUCAGCAAUGUGACCGAGUCUAAAAGUCAACAGACGGAUGAACUUAACAAGACACUUCCUUGUAAAACGGAACCACAGACUUACAUAACAGAAGAUGGUUCCGAGCUGGAGAUGAAGCCACGUAUACCUCUGCUGUCCCUGGGAGAUGAGGAGGAGGAGGAGGAGGAGGAAGAGAAGGGAUCCACAGCUGGUGAUCUUGCCCUUGGCGACAAAUGUUGGCAGGCGAACCCUGUAACCCCUCCGUCCUGCCAGGCAAACACCAGUCCACCAAACCCCGAUGUGAAGGUCUCCCCCUCGUCCAGAGAUCCUCCUCCUCUCAACCCCUCCUGCACAGAGACCCCUUCCCUCCGCAUCCCGCCCAACACUUUCCCUUCGAGUGAGGCACCCCCUCACGCAACGUCAUGUACCUCCGGCGACCCACAGCCACCCUUCCCUCGAAGGGCCCAGAGACUACGGGACAAGAAAGCCGGCCAGCACCACUGCUGCUCCCCCGGGCCCUCGGAACCCCCCAAGCUGCACCACCCUCCUCUACUCCAACAACAACAACAACAACAAAACACAAGUAAACAAGAGCAUGGCGGUAAACAGCAGUCACCAUUGUCUGUGCCCGAGCAGAGCCCGAGCCUUCAGAAGAAGAGAGAGUACUGGAGGCUGAUGAAGAGGCAGCAGAGAGCCAGGUCCAAGGCCCGGCAGAGAGAAGGUUUCAAGCAGGGAGACUACAGCAGACGACUGGCCCUCAAAGCAGCACAGACUCCUAAUGCCCUCAUUAUCAAGAAUUCAAAGCCAGUACAGAAAGCCCUUCAAGCCCCACUAACUCUCAGAGCCAAUGCCUCCCCCAUCUUGCAGCCCAUAUCGUCCCCUGUUUCUGGAGCUCACGCCAGCCUAACCGCUGUCACCAACAUCCCUACUCUCCUGGUAGUCAGCCCCACAGUGGCCAACGCUGGACAGCCACCUGAUACACUGCAGGUCAAACCCCCCAUUGUGUCUAGUCCACCUCAACAGGUUCAUGUAAAAAUAGGAACCUUACAGGCAUCUCCUAGUUUGAGCCCUGUUUCACUUCCUGUAGGCGCCAGGGUCGCUGUCUCUCCACUGCGUGAGAGAAAAGAUGGCAUGUUAAUAUUGGUGGAGAACAAACAGGAAGCAGCUCCGGGUUCCAACCCCGAUUCGCCGCACGUCCGAAAAUGGAGCCUGCAAGUGCAGGACGUCGCCAACCCCGAUAUCCCAACCCUCACCCCUCCCGCCAAUCCUCUCGCCAGCAUCAAACUGCUGCCCAUUGAGCCACGUCCCUCUUUCAAACUCGCUGUUACAUCCACACCCGGUUCAGUCAAGUCCCCCUGUGUGCUAAAUCCCCAAAGUGGGAAAACGCACUCUCCCGCCAUGUCGUGGCUCCCCAUUACCACCAUGGGUCCCCCCAAGCCGAUACCUGGGGAGUCGGAGGAGGAGACACUGAGGAGGAAGAGGGAGUACUGGAGGGUGAAGAAGAAGGAGCAGAGAGCCCGGAAGGCCAUGAGGGACAGGGAUCUAUCCCAGAAGAGGGCCUCCUCUAACUGGAAGCCCCUUCUCCCCGCUCAGGACCAGCUGGAGACACAGGAACAAUAUUCCAGCCAGUGGAUCAAUACUUCAGAAGAGAGUGACUUCAUUCUGAGUACCUCCACUGAAACAGACUUGGACUACUUUACUAACUUGGACCACACAGCACCCAUAGAAGAUGAAGCAGACGUCCUCUUUCCCGACGACGAAGACAACAUGGACGACUGUGAGAUCUCCGAGGGCGUGUGGAGGCACCGCUACCUCAUGGACCACGAUCCCCUCAACCAGCUGCUGGUGUGCAUGGUGUGCGGAGACCUCCAGUACUCCCACAGCGUGGAGGGGGUCACGGCCCACAUCGAGGAGGCCCACCCAGAGACGCUGGGCCUGGGGGUCCCGGAGCGCAGGCGCAUCCUGGAGGCCUGGGACGAGCAGGUGUCCCGCAGGGAGCGCUUCUUCACCAGCCAGCUGCAGCAGCACGGAGCCCCGCUGGAAGGAGACAGUACAAACCUCCCAGCAGAAAUUGAAGUAAUGGCGGACCCAGACGCCAACACCAAAGCUACCAAGAGGCCAUGAGAGCAAAGCACAAACGACUAAAGGACAGUCCGACAGCAUUCACCAACCAAGGAGACGAGAUGAGGAACAGAAAACAUGAAUGCUUUUGUUUUUUUGUUUUUAUUGUUCACCCCCAAGGGGUCAGCUUGAAACUGUUGGGAAUGCAAAACCACAAGACACAAGUUUUACCUCAUUAUCUUUCACUGAUAAACACAUGCUCGCACACACACACACACACACACACACAAUAAGUACACAAACAAUAUAUGCUUGUGUACACCUCCUGUACUCUUUCAGGAUCACACCUAAGGGCAAAUAGCUGACCUGGAAAUCUGCCUUCUGUGCUUAGCAGUUGCAUCUUGUUAUUGCUGGGUUCUGUCUUAGAAAUGGACUGGUAUACUACAACAGAUCUUCAUUUGUUUCUUCCUUACUAAAUACUUCAUAUAGUUUCAUUUUAUUGAACAUGUGUAUUUAACAUGUCUGACUAGAUAUUUGACUUUGUACAAAGUUUUUACUGCAAGAAUUGCUUGUCAGGUCCAAGACCUUCCUUUUAGCCCCUAACAAUGGGGUUCUUGCAUGAGGGUAUUUUAUGUGAAUAAUAACUUUCUUUUUUUGGCCAAUAAUGUGCCACACUGUACCCACAACACUGAAUCUUCAACAUACUUUGAAACUUUUUGUAUACUCUUAACUUUAUACUGUAAUGAUUAUUAAGGGGUAGGGUUACAAGAACCCUCAUUGACACAUUCUAUUAUUUUUGUAAUUGUGAUUUCAUUGGAAUGAUUAGAAAACUGUACUGUAUGUCUGCACUGUAAAUAUUACACAAAAUAUUAAGUUAUGUUAAAAAUGACAAUACCCUUUCAACAUAUUAUUUGAUUGCCUAAAACAAUAAGCCUAUCAAGCUAUGAUAUUGUUCUUCUUACAGUUUUAUAUUUCCCAUAUUUUCUGUGUACACAAUCGCUUCAAAUGUCUGUCUAAACAAUCAGUCUGUGGAACUGUUUUACGGUUUGUAACGGUCAUGUUUUUUCCUAUACCUUAUUAAGCAAUCAGAUGCUACAGAUCUGAAUAUUUUCUGUCAAAAUGCCAGAUCCAAAGGCCUGCUAGUAUAGGAGCGAGUCCUUACAGGCUGAGUGAUCGAAGAACGGAACACAUUCCUAGUUUGUUUUUGUAACCCCCCAUGAAAAAGAUCCUGUCCACUUCAGCACAAAACUCAACUGUGCCUGUAGGGGCUAAGAAAUGCAUUUUAAACAGAAUGUAUGUUAUUUAAACCUUAUCAUGUAUAGCCAUUGUUAACUGUAAAUGAUCUGACAAAUGUGUUUUUGAGAAUGUACUUCUUGAAUCAAUUCAUUGGUCAUCUGUUUAAAAAUGGAAUGUUCCUUUUGCCUUUUUUUCGGUACUAUUAAAACCUUUUUGUACC